GGUGCCAGUCACGGCUGCCGUCCUGGUUGUGAUUUUUUUUUUCUCCCUUUUUUUCUCUCUCUCUUUUUUUUUUUUUCACCUUUCCUUUUUUGUGAAUGAAAAAAGGAGGUCGCAAGCAGUCCCGGAGACUGCAGCGCUAGGCGUCUUCGUGGCCGCGCCUUUGGAGCGGGCCCGGGAGCGUAGCACCGGCGGCCUCGCCCCUCUCGCCCACUCCUGCGUGCCACCUCCAUCCUCCGCAGCCAGAGGACCCGCGGCGGCGGCGCGGCCCAGCCGCGGAGGUCGGAGCGGCAGCCCGCUGCUCAGCUCCGGCGCGCCUCCAUGACAUUGGGCGCCGGUGGCGCGAGGAGAUGCUGAUCCGGAAGAGGCAAUGGCUGCAGUGCCGCGCGCGCGGCCGCUCCCGGCCCACGGUCCGGCCUGGGCUGCUCUGUCAGAGUUUCUGAUCUAACGCGAUCCGGGCCCGGAGCCUGAGCAGCAGCGGCGGCGGCGGCAGCAGCAGCAGCAGCAGCAGCACCGCGGUGGAGUCGGCUUCGUCCUAACUUGCACGCGCGGAGUGACCCCAGACAUUUCACUAAAAUGAGCGUGCUUAGCAGGAAGAGAUGUGUUCCUUACACUAGAAAUUACCCCGUCACAUGUAGCGGUGUCCCAAUUAAUGGAUUCUGACAUGGAUUAUGAAAGGCCAAACGUAGAGACCAUCAAGUGCGUGGUGGUGGGGGACAACGCCGUGGGCAAGACCAGGCUCAUUUGUGCCCGGGCCUGCAAUGCCACCCUCACCCAGUACCAGCUGCUCGCCACCCACGUGCCCACGGUUUGGGCCAUCGACCAGUAUCGGGUGUGCCAGGAGGUGCUGGAACGUUCCCGAGACGUAGUAGAUGAUGUCAGCGUGUCCCUCCGCCUCUGGGACACCUUCGGAGAUCACCACAAAGACCGUCGCUUUGCUUAUGGGAGAUCUGAUGUGGUGGUUCUGUGCUUCUCCAUUGCCAACCCCAACUCCCUCCACCAUGUCAAGACCAUGUGGUACCCAGAAAUCAAGCACUUCUGCCCCCGAGCACCUGUCAUCUUGGUGGGUUGCCAGCUGGACCUGCGUUAUGCUGACCUGGAGGCUGUCAAUAGGGCCAGGAGACCCUUGGCUAGGCCCAUCAAGCCCAAUGAAAUCCUUCCCCCAGAGAAGGGUCGGGAAGUGGCCAAGGAGCUGGGCAUCCCCUACUAUGAGACCAGUGUCGUGGCCCAGUUUGGCAUCAAGGACGUCUUUGACAACGCCAUCCGGGCAGCGCUCAUUUCCCGCCGGCACCUGCAGUUCUGGAAGUCCCACCUCCGCAACGUGCAGCGGCCUCUGCUGCAGGCGCCCUUCCUGCCCCCCAAGCCACCUCCCCCCAUCAUCGUGGUGCCCGACCCCCCCUCCAGCAGCGAAGAGUGCCCCGCCCACCUCCUGGAGGACCCGCUGUGUGCGGAUGUCAUCCUGGUGCUGCAGGAACGGGUGCGCAUCUUUGCCCACAAGAUCUACCUCUCCACCUCCUCCUCCAAGUUCUAUGACCUGUUCCUCAUGGACCUGAGUGAGGGGGAGCUGGGGGGCCCCUCGGGGUCAGGGGGCCCCCACCCGGAGGACCACCGGGGUCACCCUGAUCACCACCACCACCACCACCACCACCACGGCCGGGACUUCCUGCUCCGGGCAGCCAGCUUUGAUGUGUGCGAGAGUGUGGAGGAGGGUGGGGGCUCUGGUCCCGCUGGGCUGCGGGCCUCAACCAGCGAUGGGAUCUUACGGGGCAACGGGACAGGGUACCUGCCCGGGAGGGGUCGAGUGCUAUCUUCCUGGAGCCGAGCUUUUGUGAGCAUCCAGGAAGAGAUGGCAGAAGAUCCACUGACUUACAAAUCCCGGCUGAUGGUGGUGGUGAAAAUGGACAACUCCAUCCAACCGGGGCCCUUCCGGGCUGUUCUCAAGUACCUGUACACAGGGGAGUUGGACGAGAAUGAGCGGGACCUCAUGCACAUUGCCCACAUUGCUGAGCUGCUCGAGGUCUUCGAUCUGCGCAUGAUGGUGGCCAACAUUCUCAACAACGAGGCCUUCAUGAACCAGGAAAUCACCAAGGCCUUCCAUGUCCGCCGGACCAACCGGGUUAAGGAGUGCUUGGCAAAAGGCACCUUCUCAGAUGUGACCUUCAUCCUGGAUGAUGGCACCAUCAGCGCCCACAAGCCCCUGUUGAUUUCCAGCUGUGACUGGAUGGCUGCCAUGUUUGGGGGGCCAUUUGUGGAGAGUUCCACCAGGGAGGUGGUGUUUCCUUACACGAGCAAGAGCUGCAUGAGGGCAGUGCUGGAGUACCUCUACACGGGCAUGUUCACGUCCAGUCCCGACCUGGACGACAUGAAGCUCAUCAUCCUGGCCAACCGCCUCUGCCUGCCCCACCUGGUUGCCCUCACAGAACAGUAUACCGUGACCGGGCUGAUGGAAGCGACUCAGAUGAUGGUGGACAUCGAUGGGGACGUCCUUGUGUUCCUGGAACUGGCUCAGUUCCACUGUGCGUACCAGCUGGCCGACUGGUGUCUCCAUCACAUCUGUACCAACUAUAACAACGUGUGUCGCAAGUUCCCCCGAGACAUGAAGGCCAUGUCCCCAGGAAUGGGCACAAGUCACAGCUUGGACGACAGCUUGGGUAUCCUCUGAGGUCCCUGCAGCUCUGCCUCGGCCUAAUUGAUGUCUCAGGUCCUGGGGCCCAACAGGAAGCUCAUGGGCUUCAGGGAGAGGUGGGGCUGGCCUCCCGAGUUCUCACUGCCCCUUGGUCUGGAGUUCUUGGUGUGCUCCACCCUGCUGUGACCCUCUUCCCUGCUAGCAGGCUGUCCCUGUAUCCUACCAAUUCUCCUAGGACCCUCUCUCCUCUUCACCCUUCUUGGGUUUUCUUUUAAAGCACAGCUCCAAUCUCCAUCACUCCACCUGUUCAAAAUUUCCAUGGCGCCCACAUGUUUUCCAGAAUAAGUCCAAACCCCUCAGCCCAGCCUUCCCUCCCAUCUGAAGUACAACCGCCCCCCCCCACACUUGCCCUCAGAACCUAAGCUCUGCCAGAUACCUCUCCUGUCACCCCAGCCAGUCUGAGCAUCCUUUUUUUUUUUUUUUUUUUUUUUUUUUUUUUUUUUUUUUUAAGGGCCACACCUGUGGCAUAUGGAGGUUCCCAGGCUAGGAGUCGAAUCAGAGCUACAGCUGCCAGCCUUCACCACAGCCACAGCAACACCAGAUCUGAGCCACAUCUGCGACCUACAUCACAGCUCACAGCAACACCGGAUCCUUUACCCACUGAGCGAGGCCAGGGAUUGAACCUGCAACCUCGUGGUUCCUAGUCAGAUUCAUUUCCUCUGCACCACAUGGGAACUCCCUGAGCAUCCUUUUGCAGACAGCUUUGCUCACCCUUUCUCCCUCAUCCUUUGUCUAAGCCUGCUUUCUUCUCAGGACCCAUUAGCCCCAUUUAGAUCUCUCUGGCUUUGAAGAACAACACCAGUGGAAAUGCCUUUCCCCAGUGUGGACCAGCGGCCCCACUCGCUGGACACCUGACUCUCUUUAGGGGGCUCUCUGAGGGCAGAGCUUCCACUUUCAGCCCCCAGAGGCUGGGAUGUGCUCCCCACAGGACUGAAAGCCACCUGCAGGCCCCGUGGGAGCAGGGCGGGGGUGGGAGUCCCUCUUCCCCUUCACCUGCCUCCGUUCUCGCCAAGCCCUGUGUUCUGCUCCAGAAAACCAGGAGUACUUUGAGAAGCACCGCUGGCCGCCCGUCUGGUACCUGAAGGAGGAGGAUCACUAUCAGCGGGCCCGGAAGGAGCGUGAGAAGGAGGACUAUCUCCACCUGAAACGGCAGCCCAAGCGGCGCUGGCUGUUCUGGAACAGUCCCUCCUCACCGUCCUCUUCAGCUGCGUCCUCUUCGUCCCCAUCUUCCUCCUCGGCUGUGGUCUGAGAUGCUGCCGCCCUCUUCUGACCCUGCUGCUCUCGUCCCCACUUGUCCUUGCCCCUCUGCUCCUCUGCAUCGCCCCCUCCACCUUCCAGGGACAAAGGACUCACAUAACCAGGACCCCAUGGGCAGAGCUGCUCUCACCAGCCAACACAGCUCAGCAAAGAGAGGAAGGAGCCAGGCCGCGUGGAUCAGAACAGGGAGCCCCCCCACCUCUGCUGAGGUCCCGCUUCCAGAAACCGAGGCAGGAGACGAUUCUCGGGAGGUGGGGAACAGGAGAAGAGCUGAGGGCUGUGGCACCUUGUCUCUGGGUCAGAGAACCCUAGAGUCAAAGGGAGAACUCCCCCAGCCGCGAGGCUGCGUGUCUUGGGUCCACGGAGGCAGCUCCCUCCCUGGGAGUGGUGGUGCCCAGGAAGGGCCCUUUCUCGGGGGGCCGUGUGUUUCCAUCCAUGGACUUGGGGGGUUGCAGAUGUUUUGUGGGCAUUUCCACGUGGAGCCUACUCAAUUCCUCACUGGAGAAGUCAGGGUAGAAAUUAAGCCUUUAGAGCCCAACUCGAGACUUCCACACCUGGGGUGCAGCUGCCAGAGGCCAUGGGUGGAAGGCUUGCCCUCUGCGGGCACCCCUGCCAUGGCUGUGGGCAUCCAGGCCUGAGAAGGGUGGCAGAGAUUGUUCAGAGCUGCAGGUCUAGAAGCAGUGCCUCUUGGUGCAGUGAGAGACUUUUCUCUCCCCCCUCCUUCACUGCUCAGAUUUCCAGAUAGAAACCAAACAAAACAGCUGGAACCGGGGGAGAGAAGGAGGCGGGGGAUGGGGGCCUGGGCGCAGCAAUCCCGUACUCCUCUGGGCCCUCCACCCCCCACCCCACCCCCCCGCCUCUGGUCAGCACAGCUUCUUAUGGGAUAGGGCAAAAUU